AUUUUAAUAGAAAAAGGAAUACGAAGAGAAAGAAAAAAACGGCGGCUUUCAAACAAACAAAAUGGCGGACUGAAAUAACUGUCAGUUGAAGAAUUAAAGAUGGCGUGCAAAUUGGUGUUACUGUUGUGUUUUAGCGGCGUAGCGGUUGUGUUAGGACACGUCGCGCUCACGUACCCGCCGGCAAGGAAAUACGAUCUAGAUUUCUUGGAUAAUUCCCGAACGAAGCCGCCAUGUGGAAUGCCGAGAGGGGGUAUAAAAACUUCAUUUUUGGCGGGAUCAACUUUUACAGUUCAUUGGCAUUUGGCGUAUGCUCAUCGAGGUGGUUUUAGCUUGAGGAUACUGGACGAGCUGGAGAGGCCUCUGUUGGAUUUGACGCCUCGCGCUGGCGGCGUCGAGUUUGUUAGAGAUGAUUCUACGGCUCAGAAAUAUGAAGUGAGACUGCCUAGCGACUUCACGUGCGUGAACUGCACGCUUCAGCUACAGCGGGAGGCCGGCGAGUGGGGAGCCAACUACAGGUUCUGGUCGUGUGCGGACAUCGACAUCGUCCAGCGCAAGCAGUUCCAGGAGACGUGCUCGGGACACGGGUUCCACAUCCUGGGCCGCUGCAAGUGCCACAAGGCGUACAGCGGCGCGCGCUGCCAGUUCGCCGAUGAGUGCGCGGAGGACGCCGACUGCGGCCUGCGCGGGGCCUGUCUGCGGCUCGACUCGACCGCGGCCCCCCACAGGAUGUGCUACUGCCCCUACGGCUUCUACGGGAAGGGGUGCAACAAGAAAGCGCCGUGGAAAGACAAGAACGUCAACCUGGAGCUUUACAGUAAGAAGGAGUUGUCGAAAGAAUUCAAUCUCUACUGGAGGAUACUGAAACACGAGGCAGAGAUAGAGUUCGUCAUGGUGGUUAACGGGACUUCUUACGCGGGUUUGGGUUGGCGGCCGAGCGGCUUGACGAAGCAGUGCAAGAAUUUCCCAGUCCUAGGACCACCCAGUGACGUGAAACCCAGCACGCCGAAUCCAGAACCACUUCCCGAGCCGGAACCGAAAGCCGAACCGGUGCCCGAACCGGAGCCCGAACCGGAGCCAGAACCGGAGCCAACGAAGCCAGGACCGGAGUUUGAGCCGACAACGCAAGCGGCGGAGUUCGACCGGAACAAGCGCGUGGCCACGCACACCGCCGACGGACUCGACUUCAAAACGUUAGGCAGUGACGUCACCGUCAAAACCAGCGUCUCGUACCAAGUGUCCAGUUCUAAAGGUCGUAAAAGACGAGCCAUCACCGAACCGACGAAUGUUGAAGUAUCGUCUUUUAAGACAAGUACCGAACAAAAUUUUAAACCAAAGUCAUUGCCAAAGUAUAAGCUUAAAAAUCAGCCCAUUCUGCAGUCAUCCCGGUCACGGUCAUACUCUGUACCUGAAUCCACUCCUGAGCCUACCGCUGAGCCAACGGCGGAACCUGAGCCUACCUCAGAAUCUGAAACAACUUUUGAACCCAAUUCCGAGCCAGAGCCCACUCCUGAGCCAAAAUCUGAGCCAGAGCCCACUCCUGAGCCAAAAUCCGAGCCAGAGCCCACUCCUGAGCCAAAAUCCGAGCCAGAGCCCACUCCUGAGCCAAAAUCCGAGCCAGAGCCCACUCCUGAGCCAAAAUCCGAGCCAGAGCCCACUCCUGAGCCAAAAUCCGAGCCAGAGCCCACUCCUGAGCCAAAAUCCGAGCCAGAGUCAACUUCUGAACCCAAAUCUGAGCCAGAACCCUCUUCUGAACUCAAAUCCGGGUCAGAACCAACUACUGAACCCAAAUUUCAACCAGAGCCCACAUCUGAACCAGAACCUGAACCCACGUCUUCGCCAAAACUUAAUCCCGAACCAAAAUCCGAGCCAGAGCCUAUACACGGCCUGAAAUCUGUACUCGAACAGACCAGAGAACCAAAAUCCGAACCCGAACCGAUUCCAGAACCUAAAUCUGAACCCGAACCUACUUCUGAACCUAAAUCCGAGCCAGAACCUACUCCUGAGCCAAAAUCCGAGCCAGAACCCACUCCUGAGCCAAAAUCCGAGCCAGAACCUACUGCCGAACCUAAACCUGAACCUGAGCCAUCUUCCGAACCCAACGCUGAUCCGGCCUCAGAGACUUUGCUAGUAAAGGGACUUAAAGAAGAAGCAGGUUAUUUCCCUGAACACGAGUUUGUACCUAAAUUCGAUUUCAAUCCUAUGGACUGCACUGACAUAGUUAUCGGUACAGCCAGAGGGAAUUAUCACAGGAUAAUGGACUAUUACACGAGAGAUAGGUCAACGCCUCGAGUAGACACAUUGUGGGGAGGUCACGACGACAUCACGGCAGCUUCAGGGUACGAAGAGAAUGGAGUCACCACAAUCCUAUUCAGAAAGAAGAUAAAGGCGAAGGAACCAACGGACCAUUCUAUAGUGGACGACAUUAUGCACGUCAUCUGGGCCCGGGGUCAAGAGCCGGGUAAAUACGUGCACUCGCCCGGCUCGGGGAUCGAACAGGGGACGGCGGUCACUCAGGACUUCUACCGACCCGAUGAGCUCAAGUACCACGGUCACGGAGACCAGCGUGGCUUCCUGGGGAUGAAUUUCUUUGAGGAGACAAAGACCUCAGUGUCGGGAGGGAUCUUGCCUCUCGGCGACAAGUGCGGCGGCCAGUGGCGGCUGCCGCUUGACUGCGACCCCGACAACGGCACGUGCACGUACUUCGCGUCGUGGGAGUACCUCGGCCUGAAGAGAGGGAAGGACUCCGUCAGGUUCACCAUCAAAACGAAGAACACCAAGCAAUGGACCGGCAUCGGAUUCAGCCAUAACAAAAAGAUGUCGCAGUCGGAUGUGAUAGUGGGUGGGCUGGACCCGCGGUCCAGCGUGCCGUGGGUGCAGGACGCCUGGGCGCGCGGGUACGGCGCACCCCGGCCCGACUCCCGCGGUGACGUCACGUCGCUCACCGGCUCGGUGGCGGACGGAGUCGCCACCCUCAGCUUCGUCAGGAAGCGCGACACCAAGGACCAGGAGGACCUGGCGUUCACGGACACCCAGUGCCUGUAUCUGAUGUUCGUGGUGCAAGGUGGUAACUUUGAUCCUGUCAGCAAGAAGAUCAGCAAGCAUCUCCAAACCCCCAUAGUCACAGAAGAAAAAGUCUGCAUUAGACCUUGUGGACCUGAACCAGUAGAAGAAGAGUCGACAACGGAGGCGGUGCUCCCCGGACAGAAGACGUACACGCUGCUGGUCCGGCUCACGGGCCUGGCGGAGAGCUUCCGCAGCCCGGCGCCCGGCAGCCAGGAGUACGUGGACCUCAGCAAACAGCUGGUGGACGGGCUCGGCUCGCAGCUCAAAAAUAAUAAAGGCUAUCAGGGAUUAACAUUAAAUGGUCUCAUACAAAACGAAACACAAUCGAUAAUAGCCGAGCUCACGCUGAAGUCGAUCGACUCGAACUUGAUACCCGGCUCCAGCGGGCGGGCGCUCGGCUCGGACGUCUCGCUCUCGCACAACGCGACGGAGGGGGACGGCGAGAUGUCGCGGUGGGAGCGCGCGGUGCGGGACACGCUCGCGCUGGGGCAGGUCGGCAACCUCAACUUCGAUCCCGAGUUUCUGGUGUUCGAACCUCAGAGCCUGGUGUCGGAGCGCCCCGAAGAGCCCGUGGUGGCCGUGGUGGGGUGGGUGUGGUCGCGGUGGGUGGUGGUGGGCUGCGCGGUCGGGCUGCUGGUGGCCGCGCUGCUGCCGGUGCUGGCCGCGCUCUGCCGCCCGAGACCGGCGCCGGAUCGCUUGAUCCCGAGCUCGGCGUGGAAGGACUACUCGACGAACACGAAUUACGCCUUCGAACCGUUUGAAAACGACGAGAAGUACAAAACGUCUACCAUCAGCCGAACCCGGACCCUCAGGCCCACGGAGCCGCCGCCGCCGCGACCCGCCUCCACCAACGGCACCAAGGCACCCAGCAACGACACCAAUGCGAGGGCGGUCGGCAGUGGGACCAUGACCAGGUCCACUAGUGGGAACGGAGAGCAACGGCUGGCCACCAUCGGACACCCCAGGCUGGUCAACGGCAACACUACCGCUCCGAGGGGCAGCGGCAACCCCGCGGGGAGGGGCAGGAGCAGCGCGGAGCAGUACUACCACGACACCAGGUCCCUGCAGCGGCCCAGACAAUACACAUAUUCAAAUCGGCCCGAGCACUCAUCGUAUUCCCUGCCUCGCGGCACGGCGCCGGCAGCCAGGGACUCGCUGUCCGCGCAUCCAGACUUCUACUUCAUGCCGUCCCAGAGGAAAUACGAAGAUUUCUGAUGAACGCACCUGAUUAUUAUAUUAACAGCCUUUGCUGAAAAUUAAUGUAACAAGAUACAUGCGACUUGAAACCGGAUGCAGAAUAAAUAAUAGUUCAUCUUCUUUAGCACGUUAAAUCUAUCAACUACUUUAUACAAUAAAAAAAACGAUAUUCAUUGAAUUAAUAAUUGAUGGCGUAUGCUUUUUUGAGAAACAUCCAACAUAUAAAUGUCAUAUCACUAAGAAGGAACCUUUCUAAAAAACCAUAAGAAUUUCCGAACAAGAAUAGUCCAAUGCAAUAUUAAUAAUAUAAUACAGCGUAUUUAUGCUUCGAAGAAAAAAUUAUCGCAAAAAUGUUCUUGGGCGAAUUCAACUACCGAUUUUGUAAGAGAUUAUUACCUCGAAACUUCCUUGACUCCACUUAACGAGUCUCGGAAAUCAUUUAACAUCAAGAAGUUAAGGAAUCAACUAUUCUUUCCAUAGGCUAGAAAAAAAUUAUAUAAUUGUAGUUUUUUUUUACUGACGUCUGUAAAAACGCUUUUUCCAAUAUAGUUUGCAUUUUUCAACCUCAAGUAAGACAGCAGCGAAUAGAAUACUGAUUUCGACGAUUCUUUGAGGCAAUUACCAACAUUUCCUCGACUGAAUGGAGAUAAUUUUUUCUAAGAAAACAACUGUGCCUCGGUUGGAAGUGGGAGUCCCCGGGUCUACCGGUCGGUACUUGAAGAAAUUCGAAUUUAAUAGAUUUCGAGAUUACGUUUUUAUUAGAUUAAAAUUAUGUCCAUUGCUUUUUUGUUCUGGAAACUUUUUUUAUUUUCCCGCACUCAAUUAUUAGCGUUAUAGAAAAUCGUUAAAAAAUAGAAGAGCUGACGUAAUAUAUAGAAAAUUAAUAUUAAAAUAGAUUUUAAGUUUUAUUGUUCUUUCUUUUUUUUUCGUAUCUGAUCUAGUCUGACGUCACAGUUUUAAUAUUAAGUAAACAUAUUGCACCUCCGUUUUUAAUUAAUAACCUAUAAUACUUUAAAUAUAUCUUAUAUUAUUAAAACCUCUUUAAUGUGUUCUUCAUAAAAUUAAUCAUUUUCAAAAUUUUAUUUUUGUUUACCUACAUUGGUGUCCUCAAAGUUUGGUCUAAUGAAACCUGAGCUAAAUUCAAGUCUGGGUUGACCUUAUUUAAAUAUCACCGUACUUUUGUACAAAUUUUUAUUUUAGAGUUUAUUUUGAUGAAGCAUAUACAUAAAUAAAUACGUAUCGUAAAAUAAUAUAGACAUGUAAAUAUAAAAUUAAGUUCUAUGGGAUUUGACUAAAUCACCUUUAACAAAUAUGUGAAUAUUGAAGGUUAUUUACCGCUGUAUUGACAUAGUUAAUGGCAUGGCUGAGAGUUUGAAGAUCGCUCGCCGACCUGCCAGCGUAAGCUAAAUUAUUUUAUAAUCUGACACGGCUAUUAUAGAUGAGCCAAAUGCAUAAAGUUUAUUAUUUUUUAUUAUUAAGAUAAGAUACUAACAGUAAAAUAAGAAUCGAAUUUAUUGUAAGUUAAAUUAGAAGUUAUAGCGGGUUCUUUUUUUAUUUUUUCAAAUAUUGAAACUGCUUUUUCAAAUUUCGAAUUUUUAUGUGACGUUUUUAGACUCUUCUAGAAUUACGUUAAUGUACCUUACCUUUACCUACUCAAUGAACUUGUGACAUAUAAUCUUACUCUAUGACUCGUGACAACGGGUAAUCCGAAAUGAAUAGUUUGGAGUGAAUUCGGAGGAGGUUAUUUCUCCGAAUGUAGUUCUAAAUGUAAACUCACAUUGAAAAUGUCGUAAGCGCCAUCCAAGGUUUUUUCAAACAUACGCUCUGUGCUACCGUUACAUACUGCUGUUGAUUUAAAAAAUAUAUAUUGAAAAAGUGGUAUUAAUAUUACAAUUUCCAAUACCAAAUGUACCAUAACUAUUGUGUGCUCGUUUUAGUUACAAUUAACAAACCUAAGACUUGAAAUAAACAAUUACAACAUUAA